AUGUUAAUUUAGAUUUGAGUUAAUUUGAGUUCAAAUUAUUUUUAGUUUCGAGCUAAAUCAAGAGUUGGUUGGGUGAGUUUUUUUGGUUUGGAUUAAAAAAAUUUAAAUUAAUUUUAUUUAAAGAAGUUAAAUUUAAUUAGGUAAUUUUAAAAAAAAUUGGGUUUAUUUACAAUAAAAUAAAAAAUUAUAAAGGUAUAUAUUCAUUUUGUAUGGGAAGUUAAGUAUUUUUUUUUAAUAUCAAGUCAAAAAAUUUGAUCUAGUGAUCAAAGAAAUCUUAAAAGACACAAAGUUUGGAGUUUGACUUCAUCUUCUUUUCCUCUCCCUUGUUGUUUGAUUUUAAGGGGAGAGAGCUUUACAAUAAUAAAGAAGAAAGAAAGCAUAGAGUCAAACCUCAAUUUCGUAUUUUUUUAAAGAUUUUUUUAUCACUAAAUUAAGAAGCUGAAAUUGGUUUAGUUAUAUUACUUGUCAUCCUAUUAAAAAAAAGGGUAUUUUUGGUAUAACAUAAGUUGCAUGUGCAUGUGAGACGUGGGAUCCAUUUAUCAUCGGUAAGUGUUAAAACUUUGGAGAUGAUGUAAAUUUAUCAUACAAAUAGAAUGAUUGUAUUAGUGCUAAAUGUCAAGGACUUUAGUGUAAUUUACUAAAACAUUCUAAUCCGACAAAAACCAUGUCCCACAGGCUGCACAAGCACAAUUGGAGACCCAGGGGCAGGCACUGGAGGCCAGCUGGUUGUGCUUUUCAUGCUUUUUUCACAAUUAUUGGUUUUGAUUUAAGUUGAAGAAAUCAUGUGCCACAGCCCAGAGGCGCACAAUCAGGACCCCGGGACCGCAGAAUGGAGACCAGCUGGCUGUGCUUUAGUCGUCCUUUAGGUUGUCAACAUGUUCCCAUUUGUUUACUACUCUUGGCUGUUCAUACUCUUUUACAGAAAACACGCAAUUCUGAGUUUUGAUUCUCUGUUCUCUCAAACUGCCAUCUCCUAAACUCUUUCAACUGCUGAAUCCUCAAGCUUUAUUCACCAAAAAAAGAAAAAAGAAUUCCUUAAAAUUUUUCUGUAGGUUCUCUGUUCUUUUGGCUUCACUACUCAAAGUGAGGAUAGGAAGAAGCUGUAGCCGACCAAUCUUUUGAUAUCUAAGAGAACGACAGAGGUUUUGUCAGGGAGCGUUCUUCCGAUUAAAAAAAAUAUAUGGAGGCUUGUAUUUACAUUGUUAGAUCCAUUCUUGGCUCUCUUGCUGGGAAAGCGGUGGAAUGCACAGUUGAUCCCAUUGCACGACAAGUUAGUUACUUGUUCAAGCAUAAGAGCAAGUUUCAAAACCUCAGGGAUCAACUUAAAAAACUGAAGAUUGCAAGAGAAAGUGUGCAAGAGGAUGUUAAUGCGGCUACGAGACAGGGAAAGGAGAUAUUUAGCUAUGUGGGGUGAGUGGUUGACUAAGGUCAAUGGGAUCUGUGAUGAGGCUGCUGAGCAAUUGGAUGACGAUGAAGAGAAAGCAAAGCAGAUGUGUUUCGUUGGGUUGUGUCCUAAUUUUAAGUCUCGUUACCAACUCAGUAGAAAAGCUGAGAAAGAGGCCAACACCAUUGCUGAACUCUUAAAAGAUAAAGACGAAUUUAAUAAUAGAGUAUCCCGCCAACCUGCUGUUGGAGGGACAGCCACUAGACCUGACAAAGACUACGAGGCCUUUGAGUCAAGAAAGGGUGCUUUCGAUAGGGUCAUGGAGGCGCUUGAAGAUGCUAAUUUGAGCAUAAUUGGUGUUUACGGGAUGGGAGGUUUGGGUAAAACUGCCCUAGUCAAACAAGUUGCUAUACAAGCCAAGGAUUUGUUUGAUGAGGUGGUCAUGGCAGCUGUAACCCACAAUUUUGACAUAUAAAGAAUAUUCAAGAUCUUAUUGCUGAUGAAUUGGGUCUAAUUUUUGAAAAGCCGAGUGUACCCGGAAGAGCAGGCGAACUACGUAACAGACUAAAGGGGAGCAAUAAGAUUCUUGUUAUUUUGGAUGAUAUUUGGGAGAAAUUGGAUAUGGAGGCUCUGGGAGUUCCUUACGGAGGUGAACACCAAGGAUGCAAGAUCUUACUGACGUCUAGAAAGGUUGAUGCUUUAUCUUUGAUGGGUUCGC